AUGAAGAACCCUAUCGAUUGGAUCCGAGCCCCGACGACGGUGAGGGUGGAGAACAGGGUGGAAGGAGGUGCCGAAUUGAAGCUUCAUUGCAAAUCGAAAGACGAUGACCUCGGAGUCCGGGUGUUGGGGACACGUGACCAAUUCGUGUUUAGGUUCCGUCCAAAUUUAUGGGGAACCACUCUGUUCUAUUGCUCUAUGAGCUGGGGAGAAGGACAGAUUCAUUGGUUUGACAUUUACAUUUUUUACAGAGAUUACAGACGUUGUAGCAAUUGUCAAUGGGUCAUCCGGAAAAAUGGCCCGUGUUAUUAUGACGCAGGCACCCGUGAGUUCGAUAUUUGUUAUGAGUGGAACCGUUAG